AUGCCCAUUACAAAAGCCAAAGGCGCAAUUUUCUCCAUUUACGCCGAUUCCCCAAUCCGAGCACCAACUUCUUCAUCUUCAUCUUCCAUUACUCGACAACCCAGUAAAAACGUUAAAUCGGAAGUACCUCGUAAAGCUCUUGCUUCACUUCAACCUUCUAGUCGAAAAGGUUUCCCUUCUUCAUCGUCGACAAAUAUCGAAAAGGUCAAAAUCGAUAAGAAUGAUUCCGACCCGAAGAAACAGGGUGUUCCUGGUCCGAUUUUAUUGAAAUCGAAACAGAAUGUGAAGAGACAACAUGAUGUCUUAUCUCCCACUACACCAAAACCGACAGACGAAAAACAUCGUUUAGGACCAAAAAGACGAAAGAGUGUAUCAGGGAAAGAGAAUGUUCCUGUUGUUCCCACGCCUGAAACUAGAACAACACGUUCGAUUGUUGAGCAAGGAAAAGGUGAUGGAACCAGAGAUAGAGAAACUGGAUUGUUGGAUUCACCUGCUGGUCGAACGAGGAGUAAAACUCGACAUAGUACAAACAUUAGUAUAUCAAACCUUACUUCCAUCACUAUUUCCAGUCCUUCGAGAGUGUCAAGACGAGCUACUGUCAAUUCUACCCUUAUCGAUCGAGUGGGAAUGCCCACCUCCACUCGUCACCUACCCGAGAUUGAAAUAUCCGGGAGUUGCCACACCAACGAGGGAAAUCGAUCAGAAUUGACUCUUCAAGCAAGUGGGAAGGGGAAGGUGAAAGGGAAGGGUUUGGCGGUGAAGGGAGAUGGACCUUUAGCAGAUGUUAGUGAAGCAUAUGGUGCUACGGGAGAAGAACCAGAGGGUUUCAGACAAGUUAUGAGGAUUUAA